AUUAUGGACACCAGGCCCGCUUACAUGCAGGCCCUCUGAGAUGAGACGAACAUACCAUUAAACCGAGUCCAUAGCCACGUGUGAUCAAACUCCCAGCGACGGAAAUGAAUGGUUCGCGUUCCGGACUGGCGCCAAUUCCUGAAGCUCGAAAUCCUCUGAACAUUCACCACUCCACAACAACCCUCCAUGUCACUUGCAAUAUGGCAUGGUCUGACUUACGCACUGCGACACUUCAUCCAAAUUUAAGAUCCGUGGACACAAGUAUGUCUGUCUUGCCCCAUUCGGCGCUUCUGUGA